AGAGCUACCUGAUCCGAAUACUAAGCAGAGCGAGUGCCGGGCUGAGUGUAAGACACUGAAGACACUGCAGAGCAAGGUGCUUAUUCCAGAGGCGUUACAAAACAUGGAGAUUAAAGACCAGGGAGCCCAAAUGGAGCCGCUGCUGCCUACGCCCUGAAGAUGCUGAGACAUAGAGAUGGCUGUGAUUAUCUUUUGUAAGACAGGAAAUGCAGUCUUUAGGGGUUUCUGGAAAUAGAAAGGUCAUGCAGUCUGGAACCUGUGAGCCUUUUCAAUCUCUAAGUCAUCAGAGAAAUGAUGAAGAAGCAGUUGUGGAUAGAGGUGGAACUCGUUCUAUUCUCAAAACACACUUUGAGAAAGAAGAUUUAGAAGGUCAUCGAACACUAUUUAUUGGAGUACAUGUGCCCUUGGGAGGAAGAAAAAGCCAUCGACGUCACAGACAUCGUGGUCAUAAACACAGAAAGAGAGACAGAGAGAGAGAUUCAGGAUUAGAGGAUGGAAGGGAGUCACCUUCUUUUGACACCCCAUCACAGAGGGUACAGUUUAUUCUUGGAACCGAGGAUGAUGACGAGGAACACAUUCCUCAUGACCUUUUCACAGAACUGGAUGAGAUUUGUUGGCGUGAAGGUGAGGAUGCUGAGUGGCGAGAAACAGCCAGGUGGUUGAAGUUUGAAGAAGAUGUGGAAGAUGGAGGAGAAAGGUGGAGCAAGCCUUAUGUGGCUACUCUUUCAUUGCACAGCUUGUUUGAGUUGAGAAGUUGUAUUCUGAAUGGAACUGUGUUGCUGGACAUGCAUGCCAACACUUUAGAAGAAAUUGCAGAUAUGGUUCUUGACCAACAAGUGAGCUCAGGUCAGCUGAAUGAAGAUGUACGCCACAGGGUCCAUGAGGCAUUGAUGAAACAACAUCAUCAUCAGAAUCAGAAAAAACUCACCAACAGGAUUCCCAUUGUUCGUUCCUUUGCUGAUAUUGGCAAGAAACAGUCAGAACCAAAUUCCAUGGACAAAAAUGCAGGUCAGGUUGUUUCUCCUCAGUCUGCUCCAGCCUGUGUUGAAAAUAAAAAUGAUGUUAGCAGAGAAAACAGCACUGUUGACUUUAGCAAGGGACUGGGAGGCCAACAAAAGGGGCAUACUAGUCCAUGUGGGAUGAAACAAAGGCAUGAAAAAGGACCUCCACACCAGCAAGAGAGAGAGGUUGAUCUGCACUUUAUGAAAAAGAUUCCUCCAGGUGCUGAAGCAUCAAACAUCUUAGUGGGAGAACUGGAGUUCUUGGAUCGAACUGUAGUUGCGUUUGUCAGGUUGUCUCCAGCUGUAUUGCUUCAAGGACUGGCUGAAGUCCCAAUCCCAACCAGAUUUUUGUUCAUUCUUCUGGGACCCCUGGGAAAGGGUCAACAGUACCAUGAGAUUGGCAGAUCAAUUGCAACCCUAAUGACAGAUGAGGUAUUUCAUGAUGUUGCUUAUAAAGCUAAAGAUCGUAAUGACUUGGUAUCAGGAAUUGAUGAGUUUCUGGAUCAGGUUACUGUUCUCCCUCCUGGAGAAUGGGAUCCAAGCAUCCGAAUAGAGCCUCCCAAAAAUGUACCUUCCCAGGAGAAGAGGAAGAUUCCUGCUGUACCAAAUGGAACAGCAGCUCAUGGGGAAGCAGAGCCCCACGGAGGACAUAGUGGACCUGAACUCCAGAGAACUGGAAGGAUUUUUGGGGGACUUAUUUUAGAUAUCAAAAGAAAAGCUCCAUACUUCUGGAGUGACUUCAGAGAUGCUUUCAGCCUGCAGUGCUUAGCAUCUUUUCUGUUUCUCUACUGCGCGUGUAUGUCUCCUGUCAUCACAUUUGGAGGACUGCUGGGAGAAGCAACUGAAGGGCGUAUAAGUGCAAUUGAAUCUCUCUUUGGAGCAUCCAUGACUGGGAUAGCCUAUUCUCUCUUUGGUGGACAGCCUCUUACCAUAUUAGGCAGUACAGGACCAGUUUUGGUGUUUGAAAAGAUUUUGUUUAAAUUUUGCAAAGAAUAUGGGCUGUCAUACCUAUCUUUAAGAGCUAGCAUUGGACUUUGGACAGCAACUCUGUGUAUCAUACUUGUGGCCACUGAUGCUAGUUCCCUUGUCUGCUACAUCACUCGGUUUACUGAAGAAGCUUUUGCUUCCCUGAUUUGCAUCAUUUUCAUUUAUGAGGCCCUGGAGAAGUUGUUUGAACUCAGUGAAGCUUAUCCAAUCAACAUGCAUAAUGAUCUAGAACUGCUGACACAAUACUCGUGUAACUGUGUGGAACCGCAUAAUCCCAGCAAUGAUACAUUGAAGGAAUGGAGGGAAUCCAAUAUUUCUGCCUCUGACAUAAUAUGGGAGAAUCUAACUGUGUCAGAAUGCAAAUCAUUGCAUGGAGAGUAUGUUGGACGGGCCUGUGGCCAUGAUCACCCAUAUGUUCCAGAUGUUCUAUUUUGGUCGGUGAUCCUGUUCUUUUCCACAGUAACUCUGUCAGCCACCCUGAAGCAGUUCAAGACUAGCAGAUAUUUUCCAACCAAGGUUCGAUCCAUAGUGAGUGACUUUGCUGUCUUUCUUACAAUUCUGUGUAUGGUUUUAAUUGACUAUGCCAUUGGGAUCCCAUCUCCAAAACUACAAGUACCAAGUGUUUUCAAGCCCACCAGAGAUGAUCGUGGCUGGUUUGUUACACCUUUAGGUCCAAACCCAUGGUGGACAGUAAUAGCUGCUAUAAUUCCAGCUCUGCUUUGUACUAUCCUAAUUUUUAUGGACCAACAGAUUACAGCUGUCAUCAUCAACAGAAAAGAGCAUAAGCUAAAGAAAGGUUGUGGGUACCAUCUGGACCUAUUAAUGGUGGCUGUCAUGCUCGGUGUAUGCUCCAUCAUGGGCCUGCCAUGGUUUGUGGCUGCCACAGUCCUCUCCAUCACUCAUGUCAAUAGCCUAAAACUGGAAUCAGAAUGUUCAGCUCCAGGAGAACAACCCAAAUUUCUCGGCAUUCGGGAGCAAAGGGUUACAGGGCUUAUGAUUUUUAUCCUUAUGGGUUCAUCAGUCUUUAUGACCAGUAUUCUGAAGUUUAUUCCCAUGCCAGUGCUAUAUGGAGUGUUUCUUUAUAUGGGUGCUUCAUCUCUAAAGGGAAUUCAGUUCUUUGAUAGGAUAAAGCUCUUCUGGAUGCCUGCAAAACAUCAACCAGAUUUUAUAUACCUAAGGCAUGUACCGCUUCGAAAAGUGCAUCUCUUCACGAUUAUUCAGAUGAGUUGCCUUGGCCUUUUGUGGAUAAUAAAAGUUUCAAGAGCUGCUAUUGUCUUUCCCAUGAUGGUGUUAGCCCUGGUAUUUGUAAGAAAGUUGAUGGACUUGUUGUUCACGAAGCGGGAACUCAGCUGGUUGGAUGAUUUAAUGCCCGAGAGUAAGAAAAAGAAACUGGAAGAUGCUGAAAAAGAAGAAGAACAAAGUAUGCUAGCUAUGGAAGAUGAGGGCACAGUACAACUCCCAUUGGAAGGACACUAUAGAGAUGAUCCAUCUGUGAUCAAUAUAUCUGAUGAAAUGUCAAAGACUGCCUUGUGGAGGAACCUUCUGAUUACUGCCGAUAACUCAAAAGAUAAGGAGUCAAGCUUUCCUUCUAAAAGCUCCCCUUCCUAAUCACUCUAGAAGCUGAUUCCCCAAAGCAUUGAAAGCCGAAAAGAGAAGAAAGCUGACUCAGGGAAAGGUGUUGACAGGGAGACUUGUCUAUGACUCGAUCUUCAAUUUAUUUUUUACAUAUAUAUGAGAAGAGUGUCACAAUUAUUAAUAAAACUGCUUUGAUCAUGUAGUGUAAAUUCUGUCCCUCAACCCAAAUCCACCUUCACACUGUAAGUAGUGCAAUACUUGUUUCAUUUCCGUGUUUGAACUUCUGAGCUGUGAGACACCCCUGUGAGCAGAUACAACAGCCAAGGCAAGAAUCUGUGUGUUCCUUGCUGUACCUUAGACAUUUGUAAACUGGAUUCUGAUUGUCAGUUUUAUGAGAGCAAUAGCUUCCUUAAAGAGAUAAGUCAUAUUUACCUAGUUUGUAUUUUCCUACUUUAGUGACCUGAAGAUGCCUGAUAAUUUAAUUCAGAAGAAUUUUUGAAAGGUUGUCUUACUUCUUUUUAGUUUUUAUAGCUUAGUAUUAGUGACUUAUUUCAAAAGACCCAAAUCAAAAAGUUAGUUUGAAAGCAUUUUUUAAUAAUUGUAUUUAUGCAUUUCCUUGAUUUAAUAUGAUACAUUUAAUACUUAACAAUUUAUAUGUAACUAAAACUUAAAGUCACUUGAAAAAAUAUAUAGAAACCUAUUUACAACUUGUUAAGGAGAAUCAGACAUAAUGCAGAGUUAAGUAGUAUUUGCUUAAAAUUCAAGCUGUGACUAAUGAUCAAAUACUAGGCUUGUAUGAAAUGCUUUAGGAAAACUUUGUAGCGGUUUUGUGGGAUUUUUCAAUAUAAACCUUUAUCAGAAAUAUGCUAAGUUUGUCUCCCACUGACAACAGAUGUUUUCCAAAUAAACAUAUACUUGUGGAAUGCCACAUGGUGAAUCAUUGUAUGUGAAAUUCCACUCCUGUACAGUUACUCUGCGGCUAAUGGUCAUGCACUGCUUAAUGCUGAUCCUGAAUCAUGUUCUCAUGUUAGACCAACAGGUGUCCAAUUGUCAUUUUUUUUCUGCAGUUUUUUUUCCACUUUUAAAUUAAAUGCAUGUUGUGGAAAAACAGUCUUUUAAAAGAAAAUUUCAGAUUCUAUUUGAGAAGGUUCUGUAGAUAUUUCAGUCCAUAUAAAAUAAUACAUCUUUACUAAACUUAUAUAAGGGGAGAGAAAGUUAAGAAGUUUUGGACAUUACUAAAAAUACAGUAUUUCAUUUCACUUUCAAUGAAUGUGAAGUUAAUAAAACUAAAUCUCAUAAUGCUCUUGCUUCCUAAGAAUGAGCAGUAAUCAUCAACUUUAUAAUACUCCAAUAUUCCGUUACAAUAAUUCAGAGCCCUGUGGCUUUUACAGACUGUUAAUUAUGUACUCUGCUUAGAAGUGCACAUGAAAAGUGAGGAAAAGUUCCUCUUGUGAUUAAACUAAUGAGAGGAAAUAAAAUCAACAAAGCCUCCAUUAAGUUCUACAUUUUGAUACCUUUUAAAAAUCCCCCUCACAAUUCUUUAAGGAGCCCCCCUUUUUAUGGAACAUGAGCCUAAAAUUUAUAGAAAGAAGAAUUUUAAGUUAAUAAAGUUCAUAUUUAUAAGUGCUGAAAAAAUACAGAAACUUUCUGUUCCAAAUGUGUUGCCUUUGUGUAUUUUAUAAUACAGAUACAACAUUGUAAACAUUUUCACUGUUUUAUGAUUUAGCCAGUGAUUCCCCAAAGCAGUCUCUUAGUGUUUUAAUAUAUUAAUAACUGUUCUGUUGAAAAUGAUCAUAGUGAAUUUAAAUCUUCACAUGAUCACCUAUUUGAAUAAGCAAUCAUAUCCAAUGAAAUUCUGUAUUUCUGAGUAUUUUUAUAGUCAUUUUGUUCUUGUGUGAAUUUUAAAGCUAUCCCUAUGUUAAUCCUAAUAUUUUGAAAUCAUAUAAAAUAUAAGAAAAAUGUAGUAUUAUAUAUUUACUUCUAAUUUCAGAUUCCUGGUCAAAAUUGCUGAAUAUCUUGAAUGUAAUUUAGCGAAAAGUUUAAGUAAUGUGUAAAUGUGACUAGGAUAUUGUGUUUUUCACAAUUAAGAAAUGUUAUGUGGAAAUAAAUAUUUAUCCUAACUAAUUUCCUUGCA